AUGGAUGGAAUAGACACCUUGCAAAGCUCGGCCCUGGAGACCAAGGCCGAACGAAUCGCCCGCUACAAGGAGGAGAGGAGGAGAGAGCUAGCCAAGCGCUACGGUAACAUGGAGGAGUUCACCCCCAGAUACGUGCGGCGGGACAAGAAAAUAAGCGACUCGACAGAAACCGAUAUAAAGGAAACUCCUGACGACGUUACAGAACACACCUACACCAGAAGAGCCAAUAAAACCUCAUCAGAGCCAUUGGUAAAGAAUGAUGUGGAGGAGAAAACCGAAGUUCUGUCCUCCUCGACUAUAAAACUGUCUUCGAGGCUGCGAGAAGCGGAGGACUCGGAAGAACAGCCACAGGAUGAAGCAACAGCUGAAAUGGCCAAGAGGACGGCUACAUCCAGCACCCGUCUCUGUAAGGAUCCGGAGAAGACCCAGGAUGUCACUGAGGACCGACUGAACCGCUUCCGCAGCAGAAACGAGCCUAGUACCAGGAACAUCACCAUGGACACGAGCAAAACCACAGAAGAGGAAAGUGAAGAGCCCUUUGAGAACAAUCGGCAUGGGAGCGAGGAAGAGCCGUCUCCAGAACCCCCCAAAGCACAAGCCUCCUCUCCCCCGGCCACGCCCUCUCCGCCGCCCUUCUCUCUGCAACGCCAGGACUCCGAACCGCGCGGGAUCAAGGGCAUCCUGAAGAAAAGCCGCUCCACCAGUUUUGACUCGGACCACAGCGACUCGCCCUCCACAGAGCCGGCCCUGGCACGGCAAAGCAGCAUCAGCCUGAGCCAGACCCUGAGCGAGGAGGAGGCUGACGAAGACGAGCUGGAUGGAGAGGAGGAAGAGUACGAGGAGGAAGAGGAGGAGGAAGACGAGUCCAUGAAUGAUGUCACGGACGGAGGCUGCAUGAGCAGACAGAAGCGAGGAGGCAGCAGCAGCGGCAGUGGGAGUGGGAGUGGGAGUUUGGAGGAGAUGCGGAGUCCCUCCCCCAACGAAAGCCUGGACAAGUCUGAGUCUUCGGUCUCGGAGGACGUGGACGAGCUGGAGAGCAGUCUGGAAGGAAGCACGGGGUCUGGCAUCAAACAGAGGCUGGCAGAGUUUAAAGGGGAGCAUAAAACUGAGAGCAAAAUCAGGAAGAGCAGGUCUCCUGAGGUCAUCCAGACGUCACUGGCCGAUCGCUUCAACCAACUUCAAGAUGCUGAAAACUCCUGGAAGAAAAAGAAGUCGAGCAGCGACCUGGAGCCAAAGAUGUCGUUGGCCGACAGAAUGAAGAUCCUGAAGGAGAAAGAGGAGCAGUGGAAGAACAGGGGCAAGGGAGCCGCCAACGACUCUGUGCAGUUCACCGUGGCCGGGCGCAUGGCGAAGAAAGGUUUGGUGACAGAGACGGGCAAAGAAGAAUCCACUCCGGUUUCCCUGAAAAAGUCCAACGCCACACCCGUCAAACCACUCGAAGAAAUCUCAACCAGAAGUGAUAUGAAGGUGGAAGGAGACAAGCGGCUCGACAAACUGGAAUCGUUCCUUGAUAAACUCCACAGCAAAGGUGUGAGCAAAAGCAAGACCUCCACUAUCGAAGUCACGACUGAGACGGAGAAAGAAAUCAUGACCCUGGACGACGACGAGACGUUCGGAAACUUCUACAAACCCAUCUCUCCCACGUCUCGGCUCGAGUCCGGCCUCGUCAUGACCGAGGAGGCCUUCAGCGAGAUCACCGCCGUCACGCCCAUGCUGGAGUCGUCUCUGGCGGAGCAUAAACGCGCAGUGAGACCCAACAGACGGAAAAAGGGGUCCAGGAACCCGCUGAAGACCCUGGCCGCUCGCAACGACCUCCGGCAGGGCUACACGGAGCAGCGGCUGAACGUGGCGUCGCUGGAGACCAAGAGGAUCCAAGUCGAGAGAAUGGCCAAACACUCGAACCUUUCCGACGUGGCGCUGGCCGGUCUCGCCAGUAAAGAGAACUUCCGCAAAGUCAGCCUUCGCAGCGUGAAGUCCACAGAGGUGGUGACCAACAACAGCGCACUGCCCUUCAACAAGCUCAUGCUCAUUCGAAUCAAAGGACGCAGACACGUGCAGGUGCGACUGGUGGAGCCCACGUCCCGCUCUCUCAACAGCGGAGACUGCUUCCUGCUCAUCACACCCAAACACUGCUUCAUGUGGAGCGGGGAGUUCGCAAACGUCAUCGAGAAGGCAAAGGCCUCAGAGAUGGCGUCCUUCGUUCAAGCCAAACGUGACCUGGGCUGCAAAGCUCCGCAGGUGACGCUGUUGGAAGAGGGCAUCAACACCGAGGGCAGGUCGGCCAAGGAGUUCUGGACUUUACUGGGAGGGAAAGAGAAAUACAGAGGGGCAGGGGAGCCGGAGGAGGACGAGCUGUACGAGAGCGGCGUGCUGGAUUCUAACGGCGUGUACCGGCUGCAGGGAGACAGACUGGUGCCUCAUGAAGACGCCUGGGCCUCCAUCCCCAGCGUCACUUUACUGGACUCCAAAGAGGUGUUGGUCUUUGAUUUCGGGAGUGAGGUGUAUGUGUGGCACGGGAAAGACGUGUCCUUGGGCGACAGGAAGGUGGCUGUGAAACUGGGCAAACAGCUGUACGGCGGCAGCUACGACUACUCCGACUGCAGAGUGAACCCCCUGGAUGCAUCAUGUCUGAACACGGACGCACCGCUGAAAGGAGAAAGCCGCCCCAGCUGGGCUCUGUUUGGUCGCCUCUCCGAGCACAAUGAGACCGCUCUGUUCCGAGAGAAGUUCCUGGACUGGGCAGAGAAGAAGAAAGACGAGAGUGCUCCGGCCGAGGAAAGCAAGAGCCCGGUCCACUGCCCCAGCCGCCCCACUCUGGACACGGAGCUGCAGCCCUGCGACGCCAAAGCGCUGCUGGAGCACGAGGUGGAGGCGGUGAAGACGGUGCUGGAGGGGGUGGACGUGCAGAGGGGACACGGCCUGGUGAGGACGGAGGACGGCAGGCAGGCGGAGCUGGCCACGGUGGCGGUGGAGGCCUGGCACAUCAACGAGCACAGCGAGGAGGAACUGCCCCAGCGCAGUGUGGGGCAGCUGCACGAGGAGGACGCCUACAUCAUCCGCUGGAAGUACUCCAUCACCACACUCGUGGGGAAGCGGCAGAGGCCCGGGGAGCUGAGCGCUGGGACCCCCGGCAGAGAGAGGACCGCCUGCUUCUUCUGGCAGGGACAAAAAUCCAGUGCCAACGAGAAAGGCACCUCUGCACUAAUGACGGUGGAGCUGGGCAGCCACCGGGGGGCGCAAAUGCUGGUGAGUCAGGGGAAAGAGCCUCCGUGCUUUCUACAGCUCUUCCAGGGAGGUUUGAUCAUCCACAAAGGAAGCAGAGACACGCCAAGGACAGACGGCUGGAGGCUGUUCUGUGUGCGUGGAGAGGAGCCGGUGGAGGCCUCGCUGCUGGAGGUGGAGUGCGGUGCGUCCAGCCUCCGCUCCAGAGCCAGCCUGGUCCUUCUCAGUGCACAGAGGAAGCAGCUCUACCUGUGGCACGGCUGCAAGGCCCAGAGCUCCGCCCGACUGGUGGCCAAGAGGGCAGUGGACAAGCUGCAGGAAGGAAAACCUACAGAAUUGGGAGUGAGCAGUCUAACCGUGGAGGAAGUGGAUGAAGGGAGUGAACCUGCAGAGUUUUGGAAAGCUCUGGGCUCACAGAACAAGAAAGCCUACGACUGCAUGCUUCAGGAUCCAGGGAAGUACAACUAUACUCCUCGUGUGUUCCAGCUCAGUGCCAGCGCUGGGGCCUUCGAGGGCACAGAGCUGCAGUACCCGGCCAGGGCAGCAGAGGGCGUCAUGGCCAUGCCCUUCCUCCAGGAGAACCUCUACGCUGCCCAACAGCCAGCCCUGUUCCUGCUAGACAACCGCAUGGAGGUGUAUCUGUGGCAGGGCUGGCAGCCAGAUGACACCGAGUGCACAGGCUCUGCCAAAAUCCGCUGGGACCAUGAGAGGAAGUGCGCCAUGGAGACGGUGCUGCAGUACUGCAAAGAAAAGAAUCCUCGUCGUCCUCCUCAGGCCUACCUUGUCCUUGCAGGAUGUGAGCCUCUCACAUUCACAAAUAUUUUCCCAUAUUGGGAGAAGAAUGAGAAUAUUUCCUCAAAGAAUCAGAGCCAUAAGAACAAAGUGAUCCUGGUCAAAGAGGCGCUGGCCAAGCUGAGUAAAGAGCAGUACUCCAUCGAGGAGCUGACCCAGAAGCCACUGCCUGAGGGAGUGGACCCUCUGCGCCUGGAGGACUAUCUGUCAGACGAAGACUUUAAGACUCUUUUGGGGAUGAGUCGAGUGGAGUUCAACGCCCUGCCAAACUGGAAACAACAGAACCUAAAGAAAAGCAAGGACCUCUUUUAG